AUGGCCGAUCCAAAGAUCUACCGUGCGUCCACCACCGCGCCCGUCAACAUUGCUGUGAUCAAGUACUCCCGCUCCCCCUCGUUUGCUCAACUCAUACACUACCGUGAUACUGAUUGCCAAACCUACAGGUACUGGGGAAAACGAGACCCUCGUCUAAACCUCCCUACCAAUUCAUCCCUCUCCGUAACCCUCUCGCAACGCGACCUUCGCACUCACACGACCGCAUCCUGCAGCUCCACUUAUGCCGGACCAGAUUCACUCCUUCUCAAUGGUGCCGACCAAUCCCUCGAGACGCCCCGCUCAAUCGCCUGCUUGAAAAGCCUGCGAUCUCUACGUGCAGAGCUCGAAGCGAACAACACCUCCCUCCCCACUCUAUCAACGUUACCAUUGCGGAUUGUCUCAAAGAACAACUUUCCUACGGCGGCUGGUCUGGCGAGUUCUGCGGCAGGCUUUGCUGCGCUCAUAAGAGCCAUUGCGAACUUGUAUGAGCUCCCGCAGCCACCGGAAGAUUUGAGUUUGAUCGCUAGGCAAGGGUCAGGUUCUGCGUGUCGGAGUUUAUUGGGAGGCUACGUGGCUUGGGAUGUUGGACAUGCAGAUGAUGGCAGUGAUAGCAAAGCCAGAAUCGUGGCGUCGAAGGAGCAUUGGCCGGAGAUGAGAGCCCUGAUAUUGGUAGUGAGUGCUGAGAAGAAAGCUGUGAGCUCCACAGCGGGCAUGCAAGCCACGGUCGCCACGUCCGAAUUAUUCAAGGCAAGAGUGCAGGUGGUACCGGGGAGGAUGAAGGAGAUGGAGGAUGCCAUCAAGAGAAAAGAUUUUGCAAAAUUUGCGAGACUGACAAUGAAAGAUAGUAAUAAUUUUCAUGCUUGUUGUUUGGAUACAGAGCCGCCAAUACGAUACACGAAUGAUGUGAGCUGGGCUGCCAUGCAAGUCGUGGAGGAUAUGAAUAAGACAAGCAGCGAAGGGGAUGUUGCGGCUUAUACAUUUGACGCAGGUCCAAAUGCUGUAAUAUACUACACUACCGAUAACAGGUCGGUCGUUGAGGGUAGAUUUGACGGUGUCUUGACCGGUAAAGAAGGAUGGGUCUCAUCAGGCAAUGGCUUGAAAAGGGAACCAAAUCAUGCGGAUGAGACUCUUCGCAAUGGAAUCAGCCGAGUGAUCAUGACAAGCGUAGGAGAUGGUCCUGUCAAUAUCCAGGACCAUCUCAUAAAUGAGAAAGGUGAGGCAUCAGAGUCAACGACAUGA